AUGGAGGGUUUGGCGGAUUUCAUAACAACUUCGCUGAGCCAUUCUUCGGAUUCACUGAUGAAUAAAUCUAGGAGCUGUAAUGUUGGCAACAGCAUCAACUACAGCAACAGCAACUGCAGUAACGUUAAUGACGGUUCCACGUCAUAUGAUUCUGCUUCUCAUAUGCCUAGUAAUCUUGGGCAGCAAAAUAAUAAAAAUGCAGAUGGCAGUGGGGGUGGUGAUUUGAUGGACGUGGUUCAACAGAGGGAGGUCUCAUCAAGCAAGCCAAGUCCAUCGUCACUGCUCAAUCACAGUCUCGUUGGACCUCUUCUUCUUCAGGCGUUGGAUGGCUUUCUUGUGAUUGUUGGCACAGACGGAGUUAUUGAAUUUGCAUCAGAGAACAUUGGUGUCUACCUCAAUUAUUCAGCUAUGAUGAAGAUGUCUGCUCAUUGGAAUAACAUUUGGUUUUAA